AUGUCUAUGUCCUUCAUAGUCUAUGCGGUUUUUGCUAUAGUCUUUGAUCGAGCACGGCCUAGAGCAGACGCAACCGCUAAGGGACUGACGUUUCUUGCCUUAGCCGCUGCAUUCGCACAACAAUUAUUCCUCUUCCAUCUUCACUCUGUCGACAACAAGAGCAUGGAAGGACAAUACCAUUUGCUCUUCCAGUUUGUCAUAUUCGUUUCUCUAAUUACCACUCUAACGGGUAUUGCAAUGCCCAAGAGUUUUAUCAAAAACAUCACCAAAUGGUUAGGUGUUCUAGCCAGGAGGCUCUACAUAGGGCUAAGUCACUGA